AUUUGGUCACUUCAAGAUAUAGGACCUACAGAAGAUAUUAAUUCAUCAGUUAAUGAAAGUGAAACUCAAAAAGAAUAUAUGGAUGUUGUGAUUUCAGAAAUUAUUUCAGGGGGUCAUUUUUAUAUUCAAAUUGUCAAUGAUAACAUUCGCAGUUUAGAAAAGAUGAUGUCAGAAUUUGAACUUUAUCAUAAGACUACCAAGGAUUUGGAAGUUACAAAUCCUAAAACUGGUCAAAUAGUCAGUGCUCAAUUUACUGAUGAUGACCAAUGGUACCGUGCGAAGAUAAAAAAAAUUAUGAAUGAAAAAAAGAGUGCUGAAGUAAUUUAUAUUGAUCAUGGAAAUUCAGAAAUAAUUCCACUUUCCCGAAUUAGACCAAUUCCUGAUAACUUUAAGCAAUUACCCUCGCAGUCACAAGAAGCUGUACUUUCGUUUAUAAAGGUUCCCGAACGUGAG